CAACAAAGAAACACAAUUGUUGAAUCCAAAAUUCAUUAUAUUCUCUCAAUAAUUUGAUAAUAGAGAGUUCACAAUUUUAUUUUUAUGAAAGUUAUUAUCCCAAUUGUUAUAUAUUUGUUCUUGAAUUGGUUUGUAUGUGUGUGUGUGUUUUAAUUUUCUAAUCAGCGGAUCAUUGGCUGGUUAUAAUUAAUUAGUUUGAUUUACUUAUAUUUAUUACAUGGAAGCACGAAUAAUUAACAGGAACUCGUCGACAUCGACGACAUCCUCCGAGUCAUCCUCGUCGGAGUCAUCUUUAUCUGCCGGCGGCGGCAAGGUGGCUCGAGACGGCCGGAAGAGGCUGGAGAGGAUAAAAGGGCCGUGGAGUUCGGAGGAGGACAAGAUCCUUACCCGGCUGGUGGACCGGUACGGCCCAAGAAACUGGUCCUUGAUUAGCAAGUACAUAAAGGGCCGGUCCGGGAAGUCUUGCCGGCUCCGGUGGUGUAACCAGCUCAGCCCCACCGUGGAGCACCGCCCCUUUUCUCCGGCGGAGGACGAGACGAUCAUGGAGGCCCAUUUGAAGUACGGGAACCGGUGGGCCACCAUUGCCCGGUUGCUCCCUGGCCGGACCGACAAUGCCGUCAAGAACCACUGGAACUCCACGCUGAAACGGAGAUGCGAACGGCAGUUGAGUCAGAGACACAAUAAGACGUUUAGCUCGACGGAGGUCUCUGACGGCGUUAACUCGUCGGCGUGCGUUAAUGUCAACGCCGGAGAUGGUCAACGGGUGAAUUACUCCUCCGCCGGCAGUUAUAACAAUAACAAUAACAAUAACAAGGUGUUUCCCAUAGUUUUGGGCCACCUGAGAGAGUACGAUGAUGAUCCGAUGACAGCGUUGUCACUGGCGCCGCCGGGAUUGGGCGGACGCGUGGUGCCGGAGAAGCGGUCGGAGAGUUUACCGGCGGAAUUUUGGGAUGUGAUGAGGGAGGUGAUAGCUAAGGAAGUGAGGGAGUACGUGACGUCAUCAUUUUCCGGGCCGCCAACUGGCUUUCAUUAGGAUGCCCGUUUAAUCAAUUAAUUAAUUAAGU